GGGCGGGGCCGGGGCGAGCCGGAAGACGCCGCGAGCUGAGCCGGACCGCGGGCCCGCACGGGGCAUCGGGAGGCCGGCCGCGCUCCUGGCGGUGAGGACAUGGCUCCGCCCCUGGUUCCCGGCAGGGACUGUGCCGCCCGCGAGGACGAGGACGGCUGGGAGGCCCGCGGGGACCGCAAGGCCCGGAAGCCUCUGGUGGAGAAGAAGCGGCGCGCGCGGAUCAACGAGAGCCUGCAGGAGUUGCGGCUGCUGCUGGCUGGCGCCGAGGUGCAGGCCAAGCUGGAGAACGCCGAGGUGCUGGAGCUGACAGUGCGGCGCGUGCAGGGCGCGCUACGGGGCCGAGCGCGUGAGCGCGAGCAGCUACAAGCGGAAGCAAGUGAGCGCUUCGCUGCUGGCUACAUCCAGUGCAUGCACGAGGUGCACACAUUCGUGUCCACGUGCCAGGCCAUCGACGCCACCGUAGCCGCGGAGCUCCUGAACCACCUGCUUGAGUCCAUGCCGCUGCGCGAGGGUAGCAGCUUCCGGGAUCUGCUGGGGGACGCCUUGGCAGGACCACCUGGAGCCCCUUGGGGAAGUGGCUGGCCCCCGGGAGGGGCCCCUGGGUCCCCACUGCCCAGCCCUCCAGGUCCUGGGGACGACCUGUGCUCUGACCUAGAGGAGGUCCCAGAGGCUGAACUGAGUCGGGUGUCUGCUGAGGGAAGGGACUUGAUGCCCCCUGCCCUGGGUAGCCUGACUGUGGCCCAAAUAUCCCAGAGUAUCUGGAGGCCUUGGUGACAAAUGCUAGCCAGGGACCUGCAGGCAUAGGCUAGAACUGCCCAAACUCUACUCCCCCAUCCGAGAGGUUCAGAUGUGAUGGAGUAAGGGCCCAAGACAUCUCCCAGGUCUGCCCUUCCCUUCCUCCAGUGGAUGGCUUGCAAGGCAGCCCCUGAUGACCAGCCCAGUCAGGUCCCUAGUCCUAUUUCCCAGACCCUACAGCUCUGGGUGGGAGGAGGGAGGGAACUACAGGCAGCGGAAGAAUUUGGUAGAGCUCCAGGGCUCUCACACAUUCACCGGUCCCAGCCUUUGUAGGCGAUCUAGUGUGGGGAAGAAGGGAAGGUGAUGCUGAGUCUCUCCUCAUGGCUGGACACUCAGGCCCUGGCAGCCUGAACAGAAGCUUGAAUUUGCCACUUCAGCCAAGAGACCAGGGGGAGGCAAGUAGUUCUGCAGUGUUGCUCUGAGCUGCUCUCUGUAUAGCACACCUGAGUUUGUGAAUGUGGUUGCCAUCAAGGGUUCCAACUGAAUUAAUAAAGAAUUUUGGUACCCUUUAAGUAUUACUGAUGUGUCGUUAAUGUGUCAGAGACAUAGAAGCUAAAGUACAAAUUUUUUCCCUCCAUCUGACACUAAUGAAUGCCUUUUAAGUCUCUCACUCUGUCAGCAAAGUAAGUUAGUAUGAUGGAGCUGGAGACGUCCCCACAGCCUGGCAGGUCUUGAGGCCUGUCCUCUCCCUGAGGAAGAGCCCAUGGGCAUGGGGUUUGUCUCUCAGGUAACUCAGCCAUAGGGAAAUGGCCUGUCCCUGUACCGUUCUCUUGUU